AUGUUACCGCUGUCCAUUAAAGACGACGAGUACAAACCAGCCAAGUUCAGCCUCCUGCUCACGCUCUCAGGAUGGUGCAGGUCCAUCCUGGCAGACAAGACCUCCAGGAAUCUGUUCUUUUUCCUCUGUCUCAACCUUUCCUUCGCCUUCGUGGAGCUGGCGUACGGGCUGUGGAGCAACAGUUUAGGUCUGAUCUCCGACUCCUUCCACAUGUUCUUCGACUGCACGGCGCUGCUGGCAGGACUCGCUGCUUCAGUGAUCUCACGAUGGAGGUCCAACGACAGCUUCUCCUACGGGUAUGUGAGAGCAGAGGUCCUCGCCGGCUUCGUCAACGGCCUCUUCCUCAUCUUCACCGCGUUCUUCAUCUUCUCUGAAGGAGUCGAGAGAGCACUGGAGCCUCCUGACGUGCACCAUGACCGACUGCUGCCUGUGUCCAUCGCUGGUCUCAUGGUGAAUCUGGUCGGAAUCUUUGUGUUUCAACAUGGGGGCCACGGACACUCACACGGGGACGGAGGUCACGGUCACAGUCACUCUCUCUUCAACGGAAGCGUCAGCCCUUCCCCCACAGAGAAGCCAUCCCACGGGGGACACGGACACUCCCAUGAUGGACACGGGGGACACGGACACUCCCAUGAUGGACACGGACACUCCCAUGACCACCAUGAGAAGCCUGGACACUCACACGAUGACCACCAGUGCCACGAACCUCUGACACCAGCGAAAGGCCCCAGCAAACAGAUUCUACAAGGCGUCCUGCUCCACGUGGUGGCAGACACUCUGGGCAGUAUCGGCGUCAUCAUCUCAGCGAUCCUGAUGCAGACGUACGACCUGAUGAUCGCCGACCCCGUCUGCUCCAUGCUCAUCGCUCUGCUCAUCGGGGUCAGGUAA